AUAUGAAUCAAUUUGCGUCCUAAUAUUUUGUAUUCUUUGUUUACAGAUCGUCGUCCUAGAGGGACAGCAGUUGUUAGGAGUCGAUUUAAGAUGCGGAAGGUUUCCAACAGGACUCCUCGGAAGACGCCCCCAAAGCAAUCAUCCAACUCGUCUCCUUUUAAGUGGCAAGCCAGGAAGCCGACUCCUCCCCAGCCCGCCACUCCAGAUACCUUUAUGCGCAGGAGGAUGCAUUUUGUCCUCACCCACACACCUGUCUUACUCCGCACACGCUUCCGCCUCAUCAACUCGCAAAACCACAACUCAACCUUGACGGGCCUCACCCCAAAGCAACCGCUUCUCAAGAAAACCAGGACAAAACUUAUCAGGAAAUCAGCAUCAACUCUACCCAGCCCAUCCCAGAAGCACUCAAGAUCCCUAGUAGUCAUAGCGAAGGGGGUCCACUACCACCAGAGUAGAUCAGGGAAGAGUCUUCGGAGAAUCUCAGGUUCUUCUCCUAUCCUACCAGCAUCAUCAUCUGCCCACAGAUGGCCGUCAAAUACAAGAUGGAAGCAGGGCUCCCUCUCUAGUGUAUGGACUGCCAGUGCGCACAGGGUGUACCAAAGGCAGGGUGCAAUGAAAGUGUCCAGUACGCAGUGGGUUGCAAAUCGUGUCCUGCGUCGGACUAUACAGAGCAAGAUCCAGAGAGGCCACAAGGACUUGAAGAGCCAACCAUACUGUAAGUUCUACAACCGCUACGGAAGAUGCCAUCGAGGGGACAAGUGCCCUUACAUCCAUGACCCAGAGAAGGUGGCUGUUUGCACGCAAUUCCUGAGAGGCACCUGUAAGAAGACAGAUGGUUCUUGUCCGUUCUCUCACAAAGCCUCCAAGGAUAAAAUGCCAGUAUGCGUGUACUUCCUGAAAGGGGUGUGUAACCGUGACGACUGCCCCUACUCCCAUGUCAAAGUCAGCAAGAAGGCAGAGGUGUGUCAGGAAUUCCUCCAUGGAUACUGCCCUCGUGGGGCCAAGUGUAAAAAUAAACACACCCUGGAUUGUGCGGAAUUCAACGAGACUGGGCAAUGCAAGCUGGGUAACAAGUGCCCUCUCUGGCAUCGAAAGCGCAAGACCAAGAGCGAGGGAAGGAAAGGGGUGAAAAGGAGAGCGAGUGAGGGAGAGAAGGUCCCUUCAAAAAGGUCAAAUACCAGAGAAAAGCAUACAAGCAAGUCCAAACAAGAUACAGCCCUCGUAGAGGAUGUCUAUAGCAAGGCAGAUGAUGGUGAUGAUAUUGAUACCCAGAAGACUGACGAUGAGAGUGGAAGUAUGCCCUCAUUCAUCGCACUGGACAGUGAUUCUAACCAAUCCACACCUGACGAUUCAACAUCAAAGAAAACGUCCUCCUUACAUUUUGGUGGACGGCCAGCCUUGAAGAUUCGCCCCCUCUUCGCUCCAUCCAUGGGAGCUUCCACAUCGCACCAAGGCCAGUGCAGCAGCGACAGCAGCUCCUCCAGCUCAUCCCUGCUAAAGCCUUCAGUAACCACGGCAACGGGAUGCUCUACAGAGGAGCAGGACGCUCACCCCUAGCCGGACCGCGCAGAGUUCACGACCCCCGCUUCCUCUCAAGAGAGAGUGCAUCUUGAGAGUUGAGAAACGGGAGAGGGUGUUGGUUUAGAACCAGGAAUGGAAGUGGCCUUUGACCUUGAUGAAGCACUGGAUGGACACACAGUCUUGAUACCAAGAUAGACGAGGCUUGUCUUCACUAUCUUGAGAUUGCCAAAUAUCCAGCUAUUUGAACUAUCCCGAUCGCAAACUAUCCAGCUAAUUUGCGUCUUCAUCAGACUGAAGUAGCAAUCAGCGGGAUAUUUGGUCGGGAUUGUCAUCCCAAGAUAUCUUGGGAUAGUUUGCAAAAUAUCCCACUAUUUGGCAAAAUAUCCAGCUAACGCUGAGGACGAAUCUCGAGUUAAUGAAGACACGAUUUUUAACUUCAGGAUUAUUUCCCAAAUCAGAAAUAGCGGGCUAUUUGGCAAUCUCGAGAUGAUGAGGACGCGCCUAUGGAGUACUGUAUACUGGGGUGUAGGAAUUGAUAUACAAGACAGUAUAAACAGUAUCCCUCCCGAAAGUAUCAUUAAUUUCUUGAGCCCUGUAAAUCUCCAUGCUUGAGGUAAAUUGGUUGACUCCUAGCUGUAUGGCUCUUUCAAGAACAGUAAAAUAUAAGGGAUAUAAUUAUAUCAGGGCUGGAUGCCAAUGCCACUGCUGGGCUUUUUGUGACUCACUUGGGUUUUGGUCAAAAAGGCAGCAAAAUUUGAAAGACCUCAAAUUUAGUUUUUUUUCAUUUAAUAUACUUUUUCAGAAAAUUAAUCUGCUUUUUGGAAGGUUAGAGAUUUAGUUUUGAUACAGGAAACCUUGUCAGAUUGAGAAGAAGGAUCUAACUUCUAGAACAUGUAGUCUUUCUUCCAGAUGGGAUGCCAUUUUUCAACCUAGGGCUGCAUUUUAAAAAAAAAUGAAGGAAGCAAGUUCAAUUGAGGUCAAAUCAUUUUAAUGGACCCUCAUUCUGCCAAAAUGAAAAGAGUUUCAUGAUUAUAACCUUAUUGUGAUGUAUCAAAUUUAGAGUAAUGGAGAAAACAAUCUCAGUGUAAUAUCAUCUUCCUAGUUUGCCCUUUGAAAUCCCAUUCAAAUUUAAAAUGGAGCAAAAAUUCAUUUCUUUCAAAGAUUCCUUAUCCUAUGAUCUUGUGUAAGUCUUGGAACAAGAGAAUACCAGUAAAGUAGAAAUUGCUAAAAAUGGAACAAAAUUCACCCUGGUGGCCAUCACACAUCUUGAGAACAUGAUACCUCUCAUUAUCUUGAUAUUCUUAUUGACAUUCUUAUCAUCAUACAUGUAUACGUGUUGAUGUUAGUUAUCAAAUCUGAAAGAAGAUUUAAAGCAAAGCCCUGUCACACAGGAUCGAGUCCCUCUUACAGGUCGCUUUCUUAAGUUCAUUACCAGACAUUCCGCUCCAAUCUCGCCCCCUCCGACAACAACGACGACAACGUGGAGGGAAGAGGAACGUGACUCAAGAAUACGCAGAGGAUGGGAAAGAAAUUAAGCUUGCUUUCUUCAUCACCAACUCCACCAUUUCUUGAUUUGUCAUCUUGUGAGUGUGGGUGAAAAUUGAAUUACAUUCUGAUGCGAAAAGGAUAGUUCUGAAAAUCAAAAUUCAUGCAUUGCCCUAGCAGAUGUCUUUUUUAUGCCUCUCUAUCUUAUUUAUUGUGAAGCCAUUGGGUUAAUCUUCUGUUCAGCAUACUUUCAUAUCUUUUCGUGUCUUUGGGCUGGACUAGGGCAAAUUGUCUGAGAGCACUGUUACGAAAUGGACAGAUGAUCCAUAAUGUAGAUUUCACUGUCAUUCUCAGUUGCCUUUGCAAUACGAUUUGAAAGAUGUUUAAGUAAGCAUUAAUGUCACGAAUUUGGUACUGAUGUUUCCACUGUCAAGUAGGCUGUCUUUAAUUGAGAGAAAAUGUACAUUUUCUGCAGGAAGUGUAUUUUCUUAAAUUUUAGAAAAUUAGGGCUUUUCCUUCAUA